UCGGAUCAAACUCGUCCAGCGUCUGAUGGACUUGUCAAGCUACGUCACCGUGUCGGCAGAAGAGGCGUUGGAGAGUUUCGCCUGGUUGUCAUUCCCAGAGGAAGAAGAGGGUGUGAUCGAAAUUUACCUGUCCAGUCUUACCUGGUGCUCUUGUUGUACAUGUCGGUCGUCGAAUUUCAUCUUCUGUAGUACAUUAAACACUGGCUUCACUCAGAAGUAAAACGGAGAAGGCGUUAAAGGAUGCUAAGAAGAUCCUGACUCGUGGCCCAAACAUGAGUGUGACAUCAUGGUUCCUGGUCAGCAGCUCUGGUACACGCCACCGGUUGCCACGGGAGAUGAUCUUUGUUGGCAGGGAUGACUGCGAGCUAAUGCUGCAGUCUCGCAGUGUGGACAAGCAACACGCUGUGAUCAACCACGACCCAAACACAGACGAGCAUAUGGUGAAGGACCUGGGCAGCUUGAACGGGACAUUCGUGAAUGACUUAAGAAUCCCAGACCAGACGUACAUCACCCUUAAGCUCUCUGAUGUCAUUCGCUUUGGCUAUGAUGCUCAUGUAUAUAUCCUGGAGAAAAGCCAACACAAGGUCCCAGAAGAAGCUCUUAAACAUGAGAAAUACACCAGCCAGUUGCAGCUUAGCAUAAAAGCCCUUCAGGCCAAGGCAAAGGAAAAACAGCAGCUUCAGAGCCCAGAGAAGAGCAAAGGCCCUGUUUCCAAACUGCAGGACAGGGCUGAGCGAAGAGCCCAGUCUUUCACAGCUGCCACAGAUACUCCAAUAUCCAAGCCUACUCCUCUCUAUGGCCAACCGUCCUGGUGGGGGGAGGAUGAGGACGCAGCCAACCAAAAGAAGAACAGAGGUGGAAAAUCGCCAGAACAGGAGUCUCCAGAGCCUACUAAAGAUGUGUCAAGAUAUGAGGUCAACAGUUCUCUGUCUGACAAUCAGGCCAAGUCCAUCUUCUCCUACCGCCGGGAGCCUAGCUACUUUGAGAUUCCAACAAAGGAAUUAAAGCAGCGACCUGCUAAGAAACCAGAGUUGCAGGUUCAUGAGGUUCCCACCAAGGACACCCCUGGUCCCACUGAGGUUGUCUCCUCCACACCUCCCGUGGUCCAAAGCCAUGCCUCCUUCACCAUCGAAUUUGAUGAAUGCACACCAGGUAAAAUGAAGAUCAAGGACCGCGUGACCAAGUUUUCUUUCCGCCAGCAGCAGAAGCUACCUUCUACAGAGCUUGUCACCACACCCAUUGAGGUGGUCUCAGCAGAAAGCAAAGUUGCUGAUUGGCUGGUCCAAAGCAAUGCUAGCAUGAUAAGGAGGAGUUCAACGGCUGAAGACAUGUACAGCACAAACAGUGACCCAUCACUUCUGAAGAACACCAAAACAAACCAUCGUGAGGAUGGCACUCACAGUAAUUCAGUGGAUCCUGCAAUCAAUGGAAGUGUUUCCGUCCAGGCAGAACCUCAGACUGGGUCCCAGGUGUCUCCACAGCCCCUGAGAGACUCCCCGCCUCAACACUUAGCCUCCCCUGAUUCUGAGGAGUCUACUCCACCAGAGUCUCAGUCCCUAUCCAGUCUUGGCAAGGCUGAGCCUCAUCAAGCCUUCGUCAUUGAAUUCUUUGAUGAUAACUCAAGAAAGAAGCGCUCCCAGUCCUUCAACAAUAACACAUCUCCACCUGAGCCCUCAGGCCUCCGGCUCCAGCCGGAGAAGGCAAAGAAGAGCUCAACCCCAAAUGGGGAGAGACGAGUCCAAUCUCCAGCCUCCACCACUCCCGCAACCCAACGAUACACUGUUCCCCUGAAGGACCAGCCUUCCACAGGCUUCCAAAGAGCUGGCUCUCUACGAAGGGAGAAGACAGAGGACCGGAUCACCAGCUUUUCCUCUCGCUCUUCAUCAUCUGUGUCUGCAAGACCCUUUAGCAGUGUCGGCCGGAGGUCCAAACUCGCCCAGGAAUUUACUGCUGAAUUUCUCAAACAAACAAAGCAGUCCUCUUCUGCCAGCUGGGAUAGAAAUCCAUCCAGUCCCCCUACACCAGCUAAAACGGAGACAGUGGUAGUAUCACAGACUAGUCCCACUCCAUCUAACGCUUCCUACCAGCCACAGACCUCCUCUCCUAUCCACCAGCCCGUUCCUCUCAAGGCCCCUAUGAUGCCCCUGGAGUCUCAGACUGUGGAGGUUAAGAGUCCCCAUGUUGGCCCCAAGAAUGAAGACGAGGACAGUCUGAGUGACGCAGGAACCUACACUAUUGAAGCAGAUGUUCAAGAUAGAGAGCUAGAAGAAGCACGGAGCAAUAUCGACCAGGUGUUUGGUGUUUUUGAGAGCCCAGAGCCAACCAACCAGAGUGAAGCAGAAACAUCAUCAGCAUUUAGGCCUCUUAUUGUUGAGAGCAGGGAGCAGCAUAGGCAGAGUAGCUGUGGGGAGGUGAGGCCAGCUCCAGAACAGGGACAGAGUCUGGUAAAGGUUCAGUCAGCAAGUGCAGUGUUACAGGGGGCUCCUAAGUGGAUGUCUUGCUGGGCCAGCUUGGCAGACAGCUACACAGAAUCUGGCCCUUCAUCUGGCCUCUUUGACAUGCCUUCCCAGAUGGAGCUGUCAGGAGGGGCACAAGGUACAAUCAUCCACAAGGCCAUGCUCAGCCGACACCACGACAGCACCGACUGCGAUGGAUCAAGAGCUCGGCGCGUACUGCCCCAGUUACCACAGGGGGAGAAGAGUGACAUUCUAAAUCCCAGCAUUCAUGUUCAAUAUGACCCACAUUUAACAUUUGAUGUAGGAGAGAAUAGAUUGGUGGCCCCCAGGUCUCAUGAUAGCCUUGACAGGUUAACGGUGCAGGAUGAUGUAGAGCCUGACAGUCUGAGUGAUGCCAGCAGGUCAGAUGAUGGUUCCAUUGUAGAGCAAAGGAGAAGACCGCUGUCAGACACUGAAGAGAACAAAAAUAAAGAUAGAAUCUCCACCAAGUCUACGUCAUUCUACAUCGGGUCAGAGGAGGCCGAGUCUCAACCUGAGAAUGGGGGCUUUCCUAAAACUGAAAUAAAACAUGCAACCAAAACUUUCUCAACAGCCACCAUGACCAAACAGAGAGGUAACCUUGACUCUGAAAAAGUCAAGCCCGGUGUGUUGGCUCCUAUCCUGAGCCAGAUUACACGGAGUCCACAAUCCAAAGAGGGCACUGUUUCCCAGUUAAUCAGACAAGAGAGCUUCACCAAGGAGCGACCUAGCAAUGCCAGAUUGCCCAACAUCUCUGUUCAGAGAGGCCCAGAAUCAUUCCAGGGAGCCUGCAAUCAGGACACUCAUUCUUACCUCAAAGAGACGGAGGAUGUUCUGGCUGUUCUGGAGGCCAAACUCCAAGGAGGACAAUCAGAAACGACACCGUCUCCAAUAAUAGAUUCUCUUUCUGCCGAGUCUGAUGUGGAUACCUCUAGCACAGUCAGCCAACAUAGCAAUAAGACCAGGCCAAACACACUGACUAAAAAACCCUCGGUUAGUGGCCUCCAUAGGGAGAGGUCUUCAGCCAGUAUAGCUAGUCAGGACUCAAGUCACCAUUCCACUACAUCAGAAAAGUUGCGCUCUCUGGGAGCAGAUAGCAACAAUAAGACUGAGUCUGUCAGGAGACCAGUUGGACUGAGACGUAGUGUUGGGAAACGUGGCUCCACAGACCUAAGUGACGACCCUCAGAGCUUACCUUACUCUGAUCAAGAGUCUAACAUCCACCAAACCCGCACAAAAUACACAGUGCACCUUCAGAAGGAGGAUGCCAAGACCUCCAAAACGUCCCAGGCUUUGAAUCGUGCCAACAGCUUGUUAGCCCCGAGGCCCACCAGAGCGUCCAUGCUCCGCCGGGCUCGCCUGGGAGAAGCUUCAGACAACGAGGGCACGGAUACAGACAGAGUGUCCCAGGAUGCAGGCAAUGCCCCAGCUAAGCAGCCACAGGAAACAAAGAAACUCUCCAGGCUGGAUAUGCUAGCGAUGCCUCGUAAACGGACAAGCUCGUUCAACACAACCAGCGACACUGAGGCCUCUUCCAGCCCACAGUGGACUGGCAGGAGCACCGGAUUUUCCAACCGGAGCACAGAGUCUGGCAGCAGCUCAAUUCGAAGGGCCUCUGCUUCAGGGUUGAAGCCUGUAGAAAGGCAGCAGAAAGCACCGCUGACACCACUCACUCGUGGACGUUCAAGCAGUGCCAAAUAUGCCAGUAGCACUGCAAACUCCAGGAGACGACAGAAAGGCUCUGACUACGCCUCUACCUCAGAUGAGGAGUACGACUCAAACCAGAGCACUCCUAAACACAAACGCUCCCAACCUUCCUCAGCUUCCCACAGCCCACGUCAUCAGCCUCGGCCUCAGCCGGUGGUCGCCCUGCAUCAGAAGCCCCACUGCAGAGAUUCUGAGGAGGAGAACCACGAGGGAGACAACUUCCACAGUUGGUCCAACCACAGUUCUGAAAUCGCACGGUUAAGUCAAGACCUGGCCAAAGACCUUGCUAUCUUGGCCAGAGAGAUCCAUGAUGUGGCUGGUGAUGGUGAUCCACAAAACCCCGGAAUGGCGAGCAGUGCACCUGUCUCCACAGUGACCGCUCAUGAACAGCUGGUUCAUCGUAUUCCAGAGGCUGGCUUGAACUACCAGAGGGUCCCACCAAGUUCUACAUCUACAAGGGAACCUGACCAGAGCUCGGCGGACCAUGAACAGCACCGCAGGCAGCGAGCUCAGAGCAGAGACGAGGUCAUUGUAGAUGACCAUCUGAUGCUGAAUCCUGUGUCUCAGAUCACCAUGGCCAUUAGAGAAAACACUGAGCAACUUUCUGACAAAAUUAAGGUACUGUUCCAGGACCGGAUGGAUAUUUGGGAAGAAAUAGAGGCCAAAGUAAACUCUGACAAUGAUGUCCCUGUUAUCAAAACCUCCAACAAGGAAAUCACAUCUAUCUUGAAAGAACUCCGGAGAGUUCAACAACAACUUGAGGUCAUUAACACAGUCAUGGAACCCAGUGCACAGGCUGAAGCAUCCAAGGCCUUGGCGGUCUCCUCCUCAUCUGUUCGGUCCUCCAGACCUCCCGUCUCACGGGACUGGAGAACCAUCCAUUCUGUCUCCAAACGUGGUGGCGGCCCGAGGCCCAGUGAGGGGGUCAGGAGAACAGGCGUGACACAAGACGAUCUCAGAACUGGAUAUUUAGUCUGAUAUGUGACGCAAACACGCAGGUUCCAAAAGUG